CACGUGAUAGCUUAGUAUGAUAAUUAUUAAGAUAAAUUAGAAAUGCCUUAUAGGUGCAGUAUUAGUAAAGGCAGGACAAGCACUUUUAAUGACAUGGGGAAAGUCUAAUGUUUAUUAUUAUUCAUAUUUCAAAAUGAAUGAUCCUAAUUUAUCAAUAACAUAUAAUACAUUGCCAAUUGCAUUAAUGGGUAUACCAUUAGCAGUUGCAUCAGUGUAUUCAUUGAAGAUUGCUGAUAAAAUAGGUUAUGAAAAAUUAAUAAGAAUUAUCACCUUAUUAUAAUUUAUUUCAUUCCUAUUAGCUUUACAUGCUGAUUCUUAUUUAGAAUUCAUUAUUUUUUAUUUAGGUUUCAUAGGUUUGGGUUAUGCUUUAUUAGCAUUUCCUUUAUUAAAAUGUUUAUGGAGUCAUUUUUCUGAGGAAGAAGGAAUGGUUACAGGUAUUUUAUUUGGAGUAUUUGGAUUUGCUACAUUCUUUUUUGUACUUCUUGUUACUUACAUAGUGAAUCCUAAUAACGAAGAAGCUACAUUAUCAGUAAUAAAUAUAUCAUUAUAUAGAUUUAAGUAGGUUCUUAAUAAUAUUUAUAUUUCUCUGAUGUUGUUGCAGUUAAUACUUAUUAAGCUAUUAAAUAUGCAGGAUUUAUAGCUGGUUCUUUGAGUCUUGCUGGUAGUUUAUUAAUAAACUAAAGAAAAUUAGAGGUGGCAGAAGAAUAAGAAUUAUAAGUUCUGACCAGCGAAAUAUAGAAUAUCAAAAUUACUCCAAAUGAUCCUCUCUUAUAAGUUGUUAAAACUAAACAAUUUAAAAUUAUUCUAGGAUCUUACUUUACUGUUUUCUUUUUUGAUAUAACGUUGGGAUUAAAUUACAAAACAUAUGUUUUAUAAAAGGUAAAGUUAUAUAAUUAGUUUAAGAGAUAAAUAAUGAUUAACUAAUUACAUGGGUUGAUACACUAGGAACCAUUCUUGGAUCAAUAGCUAAUUUCGUAUUUGGUAAAAUGGCUGAUUAGAUUACAUUCACUGUCCUAUUACAUAAAUUACUAAUAAUUAUGAGUGUCAUAGCUAUCAUGAUACCCAUAUCAUUAAAUCUUUCUAAAGACUUAUUCAUAAUUGGUAACCUAUAUUUAAAUUUACUUAGAUUAUCUACUGUUAUCUAUAUUCUCUAAAGGAAUCACUGUUAUUUUAGGUCCAGGACUACUUUAAAUAUUUGGUAAAAAAACUGGUGCUGAUAUACUACCUAUUGCCAAUUUUAGUGGAUUGCUUGGUUUCAUUAUUUCAGCUCUUUCUGUAUUGUUAAUUGUACCAAUAUUAAAAUUUGAUGGUACAUUCAUUUUUCAAGGCUUAUUAAUUGGAUUGGCUGCUUAUAGUACUAAAAAAAUCAAUUAAUGA